AUGAACAACAUGCAAGCGGGAGGUGUCGGCUACCAACUUCACCGUCCAUACUGUCCACUGCCAAAGGAAUAUUACUGUCUGUCCACUGUGUCAGGAACCCGUCCCUCGCUCCACCUACCAACAACAUGUAGAGAUGAAUCACAAGUCGGUGUCGUGUUCCAAGUGUGGACAAGUGGGUCUCUACAUAUCUUCUCUCAUGAGAAGGAGGAGUGCCCGCGGCGGCUGGUAGCAUGUCAGCACUGCGAACUCGAGGUAGCAUCGGCAGAGUUAGGGCGUCAUCUCGAGUACUGUGAGGCCAGGACGGAGCGUUGUAAAGGCUGUACCAAGUACGUCCAGUUUAAAUACCUUCAGUUUCACUACGAGAAUGACCACAAGUAUCUCAAACCCGAGGAUAAAGCGGAUAAGAAUGGCUCAGAUGACGAAGGCGCAGAAGAGUGUCCCAUCUGCCUCGGACCAGUGACUUUGCCCCUGGCUCUGGAGUGCGGCCACACCUUCUGCAUGGUCUGUGUUAAGGGCAUCGCCAACACCACCAAGAACUGCGCCAUCUGUAGGAGGGACAUACCCAGGGACAUGUUGAUGGAUAUAAGGUUCUGCCGGGAGGAGGACAUCAUCAAAAACUAUGUCAACAAACCCAGGAAUAAGAAGAACACCCGCAGCCACAGUGUACCCAGCCGCACCUCCUCCUACACCCCCACUACACCCAGACGCCUCAACCACCACACCACUCAGGACUAUGACGAUAUGGUCUCGGCUCUUCUCUCCACCCGCACCUCCUCCACGUCUUACCGGUACCAGCGGCCUGCCAAUACCCACACUCCUCCCUCCUACACCCCUUACUCCUCUUCCUCCACUACCAGCACCACCACCUCCACCACCUCCUGCCAGGACUCCUGCAAGGACUCUGAUAAAGAGUCCGUCAAGGAUGAUGACUGCUGCUGUUCCUCCUCCUCCACCACCUCUACAUCGCCCUCUUCCUCCACGACUUCCACUGCCACCUCAACCAGCGCCUCCUCCUCCAUCUGCGCCAUCACCACCACCACUUCAUCCUCGGCCUUGAAGCCCUCAUCUACCACCUCCUCAUCAAGGACGGCCACCAACUCCUCCUCAGCAAGGUCUUCCAACUCCGUCUCCUCCUCCAGCAACAGGAUAGUGUCAUCCUCCAACAACAGGUCCACCACGUCCUCAGACACAAGGUCCACCUCCACCGCCAACCAGUCCGAAACAAAGUCUUCCAUCUCAACCAGUACCUCGUCCUCCUCUUCCACCACUACCUCCUCCUAUUCCGCCUCCAAUGGUGCCCGGCCCAGGAGACCCACGUCUCUGGCCCUGGAGACAUUCUCUGUACUGUCAGCCCUCUCCAGCUCCGUCAGUUCAGGCACCACCACCACCACCACCUCGGCCAGCGCCUCGUCCCGCUCCUCUGGUCCUAACAGCAAGGAGCCACCCAAGAAUGCGACCCAAGAGGAGUAUGACAGAUGGCUCGCCUUCCAGCUGGCUAAGGCUGAGGAUGACCUUCCACCAUCUGAGUUCAACCGCAAGCAUCGACCGACCUUCAGGCGGUCACUCUCCAUGCCUGAACGUGCGCAGGCGUCUUCAGACAGCAGUAGCAGCAGUGACUCUGAGGACUCCGACUCUCCCUCCUCCAGGGGCAGUUCCCGCCGCCCUCCAGCCUCCCCUAGGAAUGCUGCGGCCUCCUCUUCGUCCUCUUCUUCCUCCUCAGCCUCCUCUUCCAGCAGGAGUACCCCCAUUAGCAAGUCUUCCAGUGACUCCAACGCCGCCACCAGCAGCAGCAGCAGUAGCGUCCUCAGCACCGGCGCCAGACCCAAGAACACCGGCCUGAAGAAGAGAGUUUCCUUCAAGGAGGACACGCCUCCAGUACGUCGCGAGGCCCCCGUCAUGCUGCCCUGUGAGUUCUGUGACGAGAUGUUCCCUGAGAGAGACCUCAUGAGACAUCAGACCAGCUGUGAGCAGAACGAGACGCAGCUGCCUCGAACAUCCCGUCUUGCUCAGCGGUCGACGGCAGCCACCACAGCUUCCUCCAGCUCUACCACCAUCACAGCCAGCAUCAACAGCAGUAGUAGUAGGGUCACUUCAGUCAGUUCAUCUUCUAGUGUUACAGGCCAGACGUCGUCAGGUCCACCAAGAAGCGCAGGACCAGCUUCUCCAGCACCGAGAAAAACUACAGGAAGAACGCCCACCCCAGUGUGUACACCGCCGAGGAAGAGCAUCGCGCCUAACCCCUCCUCCAUUCCACCCAAAUCCUCAGACUCAGGUUCAUCUGGGAACAGAAAAAGCCCCGCACCCAUACCCCCGAGAACUCCCGUGUCCCCUACCAGGAGGAGCCCCACGCCCACAUUUGCGAGUGUGAGGAGCCCGACGUUCAGUCCACCUCCCAGUUGUCCUCCGUCAGUCAGCCCGCCACCAGCCAGUUCUCCGGCCACCACCACCAUCACCAUCGUCGACCAGCCGCCGUCAGUGGUGGUGUCACCCAGCCUCAGCUCCGGCAGUAGUCGUCCCUUCAGCGUGAGUCCAGCGCCCAGCGGGUCAACCAGCAACAGUUCAGUCAGCAGCAACUCCGUGUCAACAACUCCGUCGACGAGCAGCUCCGCGUCUCCCGUGCCAGCAACCACACCCAACAGGGAACUGGCUCCCCCAGACACUCCCACUACUGACGUGGAGCUCGACUAUGACGACGAGGAGGGCCCUUAUAUGCGUCCUCGCCGAGGUCGACUUCUUUCCUCAGCCAUCUUCUCCUGGCGGAGCAUCUCUGCUACCGGCGCCGCCAACAGAAGGGGCUACGUGCGCUCCAACACUGCCCCACUGGAGGACACCGGAGUAGACGACGACACGCAGCAGGUACAACCUGUGACCACCAGUCGCUCUGCCACACAGCUGCCGGCCUCCCACAGUACAGACGCCGACACUCCCUCACCACAACCCACCAAAUCUUCUCAAGUAAAACAAAUUUCGCCCGUGCCACAGCCGGCGCCCGUCCAGGACCACGCUGAACCUGUCUUUAUUAAGAACCCGAACAAGUACCGUGCGCCGCCACCCCCACAGUCACCACCCAAGGUAUCAUCACCACCACCACAGCAGCAAUACAAGUCGUCAACAACCUCCUCUUCACACACUCAAACGAACGGCUACGUCAAGAGCCCAACGCCUUCAGUCAAGACAGCAGUGUCUCAGGAAAAACCUCAAGUGAACGGCCACGUAAAUGGCUUCAUCAAGUUCGACAGUAAACCUAUGAUGAAUGGCCUCGUCCCCAAGGAGAUGCUCGAUGUCAUCCCGUGCGAGUUCUGUAAACAGGUCUUCUCUCCGGAGAAAUUUCAAAGCCAUCAGACCAUGUGUGAGGCGACAUACCGGCCACCAGUCCUGCGACCCACCUCGCCCCUGGACCAGUCCACCACGCAGAAGAGGAAGAGUCCGAUCCCCGCCAGGCACAACAAGGGUCCAGCUCCUCCGCCUCCUGACGACAUCAUCAUCACAGACGCCACCAAGACCUCCAGCACCUACGAGACCUCAAAGACCUCUGACACCUCAAAGAAGUCCUUCACUUCAGACACUGCAAAGACCUCCUCCUCUUCCUCGUCUUCCUCCACUUCUUCAGACACCCGGAAGUUUUCCUCCUCCUCCAUCACCAGAAACCGAAUGGAAAGGUCACAGUCAGUCCUGGACGACAGGAUCUCGUACAGUGAGAAAGUCCGCGUCAGCCGCCGUCUGGAGCGAGCGUCCAGCAUCUCCAGGUCUUACUACACCUCCAGCCCAAGCCCGAGUCUGGGGCGGCGCUGGAGCUCCCGUGAGGUCCUGCACAGCAACGGUGUGGAGUCCCCGACGUCUUAUGCGUCCAGCAGCGGCGGGUGGGGCAGCAGCACUAGCAACCUCGUCUGCAGCACCAACACCUUCACGUCAGGUCGCGGCUGGUCCUCACACCUCAACAUGGUGCGUGAUGAUGUAAGAUCCCGCGCCGCCGCCGCCAGUGCCGCCGCUGCCGCCAGCGCCGCUGCUGCUGCCGCCUACUACGAGGACGAAGUUGACCUUGAUAAUGGUGUGGAGACAGAGAUUGGUAGAGAAAUUAGCCAAUCACAAGCCACCAAAACACUGCUGGGUGAAAUGAGCCAAUCACAAGCCACCAACACACUGAUUGGUGAAAUGAGCCAAUCACAAACCAGUAGAAGUACUAAACAAUCGGUAUUCGGCGAAAUGAACCAAUCAAAAGCCAGCAGAAGUAUCAACCAAUCGGUAUUCGGUGAAAUGAGCCAAUCAAAAGCCAGUAGAAGUAUUAACCAAUCGGUAUUCGGUGAAAUGAACCAAUCACACGCCAGUAGAAGUAUCAACCAAUCAAUGCUAAGCGAAAUGAACCAAUCACAGGGCGGCAGAAGUGUCAGCCAAUCAGUGCUGUGCGAGACGAGCCAAUCACAAGCCAGCAGCUGCAGUAACAACCAAUCGCUGUGGAAUGAUGUAGAGGAGGCGCUGAACAAGACGGGAAUUACCCACACUGCUGUCCACAAUGGUGGCGCCAGGUACAGGGAGAGGAGCAGCAGUAGACCUCGACCGUCCUCAAUGUACAGUACAAGUGAUUCCUGGGGAUCAAUGUAUGACCUCCACUCUCCCUCACGACAGUUCAACAUCUCGGACGCUUUCUCAUCCGCUUCUCUCGCCUGCAAGCGGCUCAAGAAGUCGCCCAAGAAGUACCGAGCGCCACAACCCCCAUGCAAGUCGACGUGACCCCGUGAAGUCGACCUGACCCCAUGGAAGUCGACGUGACCCCAUUGGAGUCGACUGUGCUCCGUGCAAGUCGAUCUCUUGUCAUGAGAGUCGUUUUGACCUACGUGACCAAAUACAAGUUGACCUGACCUGUUAACUCGACCCAGGUCCAUACAGGUCGAAGUGACACAACACAGCCGACCUGACAGGGACGCGUGUGUCUGCCGCAACGACAAUAACGAUGAUGAUUUCCCUAAGAACGACUAUCAUAAACAGAGACAACACGAGCACUCACCAGCGCCUGACGUCCAUUUUCAUCCUCGUAACGACAAGUGGCGUUGUUGUGUCGUGUGAGCACAACAAGGAGGCAACACGAUCAUGGUCUCACUGAUGACUCUUGUGGCAGAAGCAACAAGAUAUAUACAGAGUAACACAGGUACACGUCCAGGUUCAUGCACUGUUGUGGAAGACCCUCGUUAUGACCCGUCUAGUCAACCAGUCUUGGACACUGAGCUUCAUAACUUCAUAAGUGUAGAAAUAUAAUGACGUGGUUCUUCCCUCUGUGUGACUUGUUAUGGCACCAGUUUGUCUCGGCUGAAGGAGAGCAUUUUUGCAUAUCUUACCAUAGUGUGAAGCCCCUUGGCAGUAAUCUGUGUUAUGGGGAGGUAAGGUGGGGGCGUUGUUGUACAGUCCCUUGAUGUAAAUAAAUAUCCCGGCGGCUACAGGAGACUCCAGUGUCCGCCUCCCUCAAGAUACUCGUCUGUAUAUAGGGUCGAGAGCGAUGUCUAUUGUUACUAUGGUGAUUUAAGACUUACAAGUGUGUAGUUCUGGCGACUGUAACGAUCAUGUACCUCAUUAUAACGGUGCCCUUCAAGACCAACCUCUAGGUCCUUCUAAUGGCCUCUGGAUCUAGGUGGUCUCUUGUAGGUGUCGGUCCACUAAGGCUGAGUCUCUCCUGGUGGUGACCUCCUGAAGCUCUGAGACUUCCUAGGGGAAAUUCUACCUUCGUUUGUCACUGACUUCAUUUUGGGAUACUCACAGGGACCUCGAAACACUCACAGGGACUUCGAGACACUCACAGAGACCUCGAGACACUCACAGGGACCUCGAAACACUCACAGGAACCUCGAGACACUCUCAGGGACCCCGAAGCACUCACAGGGACUUCGGGACACUCACAGAGACCUCGAGACACUCACAGGGACCUCGAGACACUCACAGGGACCUCGAGACACUCACAGGGACCUCGAGACACUCACAAGGACCUAUGAACACUCACAAGGACCUAUGAACACUCACAAGGACCUAUGAACUCUCACAAGGACCUGUGAACACUCACAAGGACCUAUGAACACUCACAAGGACCUAUGAACACUCACAAGGACCUAUGAACACUCACAAGGACCUAUGAACACUCACAAGGACAUAUGAACACUCACAAGGACCUAUGAACACUCACAAGGACCUAUGAACACUCACAAGGACCUAUGAACACUCACAAGGACCUAUGAACACUCACAAGGACAUAUGAACACUCACAAGGACCUAUGAACACUCACAAGGACCUAUGAACACUCACAAGGACCUAUGAACACUCACAAGGACAUAUGAACACUCAGAGAUGGGAAGAACUUUGACCAACAUGUUCAGGUAGUAAAGAUCACUCUUCUCUGAGAUAUUAAGACUUGUUCAAUGUUCCUCAGAUAAUGUUCACUAAUCUCUAGUUCUAUAUCACGUGUUGAAGAAGAUUUUUUAUAUUAUUUCUUCUUCUUCUUCUUGACUGUUACUGUUGUGUUAUUGAUGUACAGCAGACAACUGUAAGAGCCCUUCCUGAGGUAUGAUAAUCACUGAUUUUACUCUCCUGUUACUUCUAAUAUGUAAUUUAUUGCCCUCUACAACCACAAUAAGGGUGAUUUAUCCUUCUCCUAAAUCACCUACGAGGCUACGUUAUUAUUUGUCUGCAAUCACUGCCAUCGUACUGCCAAAAUGACUUUAAAUUACCCUAUUAAGGUAAUUUUGUUUCAUAUGGUAGUUUACUGAGUUGCCAGAUACGACUUUUCGAAACUGUCUGUCGAUGUAAGCUUAAUUAAGGUUAGUUAUCGAACAUUGUACGAGUAAUUCCUGCCAGCUGUAUGAUGAUUAAUUCCUACCACUUGUAUAAUGGUUGACUUGUGCCAGAUGUACAAUGGCUACUUCCUGCCAAAUGUAUGAUAACUGAUUCCUGCCAGUUAUAUAUAAUACUUGAUUCCUACCAGUUUCAUACUGUCAGUUCUAUGAUAACUUAAUAUUGCCAGUUGUACGAUAAUAUUAGUAACUGUAAGAGAAUGAGUAUUGCCAGAUAAAUGGUAAUGGUUUAUUGGUUUCUGCCAGAAGUAUGAUAACUGCUUGUGCCAAAGAUGGAAGUUUGGCGAAUAUUGUGACUAAACGAAUAUUUUUGGUGAUGUUGAAGGAGGAAAGUUUGGUGGCAUCUAUUAACGAGAUAAACAAACAACGAAUAUUUAACUAAUAUUCAGUGUCCAGCAGGGAAGUUUGUUUUGCAUUUGUGACGUUAUAAGUUAGUUUUAUAUCAUCUGGGAGUUGUUUUCUCAACCAGGCCGUGUUGCUGCUAGCUUACUACACACACAGCAACACGGAGAGGCUGGUGGAGAGGUGUGUCAUCUUCACUACACUGCCAGAGUGGUGUGGCCAGCGUGGUGUGGCCAGAGUUGUUUGGCCAGCGUGGUGUGGCCAGAGUGGUGUGGCCAGCGUGGUGUGGCCAGAGUUGUUUGGCCAGCGUGAUUUGGCCAGCAUGGUGUGGCCAGCGUUGUGUGGCCAGCGUGGUGUGGCCAAAGGUUGUAAGAGUACACUAAAUAUAUAGCCGUUUAAGUUAUAUUUUUUGGGUAAACUAACUUGUGGUGGUUGGUGGCUCUCCUCAUUAGUGACAGCCACGCCUACCUACUUUUGGCUAUUGGGCGACCAAUCAGCAGAGUGUACAGGUGUAGCUGAUCAUAUGAUUGGAGAACCAGACCAUAACAGUGUUGGUGUACCGAACAAACCCUAAUGUACUGUGUAUAGUUAACUUUGAGCAUAAGUGUUUAAGUGUGUCUUGAAUAUUGUGAAAUACUUAAAUGUUGGAUGCUGCUGUUUGUAAGUACGAUGAUAAUUAACGGAUAUACUUAAGUUAACUUUAUAAAUUAAGACUUUUCUAUUAUUAUGAUUACUAUCUUGAGAACACUGGGAAUAUACGAGUUUUAAAUCUCUUCAUUGUUUCCUUGGUAAUAUUCGCAUCAUUAUUACGUAUCCUUCGCGUUACAGUAAGUGAAGAAUAUUUCCCAUAAGCUUUUGUAAAUAUGUAUUUAUUGUGUGUGUGUGUGUGUGUGUAUGUCUGUGUGUGUGUGUGUGUGAAAGGUGAGGGUAACGCGCCAACCAGUUUUUUUUCCUAAGUAAAUGAGAAAAAAGUUGUAUAUAAGAUUGAUCUUUAAUGAGGUAUUGGUGAGUCUUUAUGGGGGCAACUUGUUGUCUUCUACAUUAAGACCUUUGAAAAUAAUUGAAAAUAAUCCUCAGAAAAAGACUCCCCUCCCCCCCCC